AUGCACAUUCCAACUGUUCAGUCUCUCGUUUGCCUCUCUCUUCUCGCCUUUCCUUACGCAUCUGCUGCUCCUCUCGAUGAGCAACUUUCACCCAGAGCUGCUACUACCUGCAAUGCCAACGAUGUCAAGACCGUGGUUAACAGCAACAAGCAGCCAAUCACUUACUGCAAGUCAUGGCUUUCGAGCAAGAAUUCAAAGUCUACCGUCAAGGGUUUGAAUGUCGCCCAAGUCAGCAAUGCUUGCAAAUGCAUCCAGGCUUCUGCUUCUUCUUCCUCUGUCGCCGCAGCAAAGAAGACAACAAGCAUCAAGAAGAUGUCAUCGUCCACCAAGAAAAUCACAUCCUCGACACGAAAGACCACAUCGUCUACGAAAAAGUCGACAUCUUCUAUCAAAACGGCAUUGAAACAGGUUUCAAUCUCGACGAAAGCAUCGUCUUCGAUCAAGAGCUCGACCUCGACUAAGAAGACAAGUGUCUCAAGCAAACCGUCGUCUACCUUGAAGUCUUCGACAUCAUCGAAAAUGUCGACUUCACAAAAGGCUACUACCAAGUCAACAAGCGUCACCAGCCCGAAGUCAACACCGAUCUCUGCGUCGACUAAGCAGAGCAGCAGCAGUUCCAGAUCAACAACGAAGAUCUCCUCAAGCGCCUCACCCAAACUUCCUACCUCAAGCGCAUCCUCGAAACUCUCUACCUCGAGCUCGUCACUUCUUCGAUCUUCCACUUCCUCGGCGACUCCAUCUUCAGCCUCUGGCACCUUUUCUGCAAGCAUGUUCCCCAUGGAUCCUGUUACCAGCGUCACCGUCAACCAAAAGGCUCCCACCGGUGUUUCGACCCGCUCGUCAUCUGACAUCCAAACAUCUUCGAGUACCAUUGACUCGAGUCCGACAUCUUCACCGUCUGCUAACACAAAAAAUGUCUCUGCUGGCAGUAACAUUAUCAUCAACGGAAAUUUCAACCAAGGCUCCACCACUGGAUGGCACGGAGCCCGUGCUUUUGGCACAAAGUUUGGCGUAGCUUCUCUCGCUGGUGAUUCGAACUACGAAGCACUUGUCAAGUAUGCACUGGCUGCCAACGACAACGCGAGUGGUCAGCUCUACCAGAACGUCACUAUCCCAGCCAACUCUGACUGGCAACUCAAUGCCAAUGUAUUUAUCAACUACCCUACCGGCCUUCCCGUUGGCGUAUCUUGCGUUGUCAAGUACAGUCUCGGCGAUGACAGCAUGAUCCUCAAGCAAUACGGCGUUGCCUCUGCAAGCGGUGCCGUUCUGUCCGACACUGCUUCUGGCACACUUUCGCAAGGCUUCACUGGCAGAUUCAUGAUUGACACCUACUGCAACAGCGCCAGUUCUUCGGCAGCAAGCUUCGUCCUGGGCUUUGGCAACAUCCAGCUUUCCAUCUCAGAUGCCGGGACUGCUGCUCAAGCCGCUGCAACCACAGCUGCCGCUACUGUUUCCAGUCCUUCGUCGACAACAUCCUCGGCUGCAAGUGCAGCAAGCACAACCGGCACCAACAUGCUAACCAACGGCAACUUUGGCACAGGCGACUUCUCAAGUUGGGCUCUGUUCCGCCUGGGCAAUCCCACCUUCGCCAUCCAAGGCAACCCCGGCUCUUAUGUCUCGGUUCUUACCUUCCCCGCUGGCGGUGAUUCAAACAACCAAGCUGCUCUGCUGCAGCAACCCGCGACCGCACAGUCCGGCAAGACGUACAGCAUGUCUAUGGGCCUGCUGCUCAACUACCCCAACGGUCUGCCCAACGAUGGUUCCUCUUGCAGUCUGCAAGUUUACUUUGUCGAUUCCAACGGUUUCGGAGUUUCGUUUGCGCAGACAUCGUACAAGAACGGCGAUGCGGCGUUCCAGAGUGUUACAGGCAGUGGUUCGGUGAACAAUGGGUUCAGUGGCAAUUUCAACAUUUUGAUCAGGUGUUAUGGCAGUGCGAGCGCGAUCGUUGCUGGCGUCGAGGAUGUACAGCUUAUCGAGUCUUAG